GCUUCACUUCCGGUAUAUUGUUUGUUGUUGGAAAAGAAGGCAAAAGUUUGUUGAUCGAUCGAUCGAUCUGUUGUUGGUCGAUUGUUGAUUUGUUGCUGGAAGAUGAUUAUUUAAAGAGGGAAAAAUAACCUACUCAUAAUUAGGCAAAGCUUUGAAAACUAAUAACUCGACUACAUUUGUGAAAGAUGCCGAAGAAGAAAGCCAAGCAGCAAAACGUGAGCAAAGAAAGCGUCGUUGGUUCCAGUAAUGAAAACCUGACUGCACUAAAAGACACCAAAGAUUCUGUGGAGAAGAUUCUCCAUCAGAGAGUCUUUUUUAACGUGUUCUUUCUUGGAAUGGUACGGGAAAUGAAUAUGGGUGAUGCAAGGAAGAGGGAUACUGAGGCUCAACUAAUCGACCAGCUGGAAGAAGCACAAAUUGAUGGCAAACUACCUGUCACUGCCCGAGAAGAAGAUACCGUGAAACUAAAUGUGUCAAGGCAUGGAAUUAAGGUCCUUGACAAGAAGGGCCAGGAAGUGCUGCAGCGACACCCGCUGCACACGAUUGCUCAGAUCAUCCAAUAUGACGAUGACUUCCAACACCACAACGUCGCCGUGAAGAUUGGUCAGUUCAGCAAAACAGUCUUCCAUUGUUUCGUCUUUCAGUGUGUCUCUGAGAAUCAAGCCCAGAAUAUUUGCCAAUGUCUUCAGAAAUUGUUUGAUGCUGUGACAAUGAAUAUAUCGAUGGAUUCUUAAAAAGAUUUUCUUCCUAGCUCUGCAUUCCUAGACAUAAACAUAGAGAUUUCUUUUGAAUGGAAAAUAAUGCUGUGCAUUUGGUUCCAAGCCACAGCAAUAUAUUACUGGCAGGAUUACAAUUUGGGAUUCUUUGAGGAAUUCAGAUUGUUAUUGAGAUUUUGUUUUUGAAAGGUGAAUUGGUUUUAUUUAUUGAGACAUUCUUUCAAUCAACUUUCUCUCGAUGCUCUGUCUGUCUUGAAGAACCAUGAAAUAUCAAAAGAACAAACAAUUCCAUGUUAAAACUACCGACAACAAUGAGUUAUUCUUCCGGCUGUAUUUACUGGUAACCACACAGUUGAAGAACCUAUACUGUGAUAAUUGGAAUAGAGCUGGUCUGUGGACUUAUUCUGUACAUAUCACCCCACUACCCACCUUUCAAGUAGCUUUCAGGGAUCCUUCCAGAGUGUUAAUGCAUUCAAGUGGUCCCUUUAUAUGCACAAGUGCUCUAUAAAACUCAGUCUCUUUUAUACUGAGAUAUAAACAACUCUCUGAGUUUAUGGGAAGUGAUAGAAAAUAUCGAUGUGUCUUAAUCCUUUCUUUUCAACCCUACAAUGUUACGAGAUAGAGAAUGAUAAAUGUAGGACAACGGGAGUAAAUAAGCAGAACAUUUGAGAGAGGACUCUGAAUGCUAAGGGGUCAGGCUUAAGAUUAUAUUUAUGAGAUUUAUUCAGAGGUUUUGUGGAGAUUUCAUGGAAUAACAGUGAAAUUUCGGCUUGCUGCUGAUGGUUCUUGUAGUCCCAAUACUUUGUGAAAUAAGCAAGGGAUUGAAUGAAACAUUUGAGUAAAUGCGGGAAACUUGGUGAAGAGCUGGCAUUUUAACUGUAUAAAAGGUAAUUUUCUUUGAAACCAGGUAAAUGAGUUUUUUUUUAUUGAAUGUGUCUCAUUCAUGUGUGUGGGUGUGUGUGUCACCUUCACAAAAUGGGAUGGAAUUCUAUUUUGCUUGAAGAAGGGAAAAGCUAACAUUUCAGGCAGAGCCAUUUGUGGGGAGAUGAAGUGGUUACUUGUUGUGGGUGGGGAUUAAUAGAUUAGGAGUAGUGAGAGGAGGAAACAAUAUUCACAGCAAAGAAAGAGGGGGGAGGAGGGGAGGAAGGGGUGACACUAAUAUGGAGAAUAACAGUAUUUGUGCAGAGAAAAAAAAACAAAAAACAAAUUUGGAAACAGAGAAAAGGAAGGGAUUAAGAUUAUUAGGAAAAGAACCACACACAGUGAAGGCAGCAUGAGGGGUUAGGGUUUUGGGCUGAUAAUGAUCAGGUGGUGGGUUUGAUUUCUGGCCUGGAUAAGUGGUGUCUUGAGCAAGACUCUUUAUUUCACUGCCCCAGUCUGCUGAGUACUGAUGCACCCUUCUCCAGCUCCCAUCUUCUGGAUCAAGUGUGUCAGGCUUGUCACAUUGUAACCUAAAACAACAAAAGCAUCUUACAAGCCACCAACUCAUCAUUGUUUUCUUGUGGAUACUGCAGUUUUAUUUUCUUUCUCUUUUCAAUUCAUAGUUUCAUCAUUUUAGUUUUCUCUUUUCCAUUCCUGGAUAUAUUAGAUGCACUUCAUCACUUGUCUCUCAUCAUCCUGAAAUCAGCUUCCUCUGCUUCUUACCGUAUCUUGAAUGUCUUCAUCUUCUGCAGGAUUCUUCCAACACUAACAUUUCUACCCCAGCCUUGCACUAUUCUUUUUUCUCCCAAAACAAAUUUUUGCAACCACAUUUAUUUUCUUGGAUUCUGCUGCUAGUUUAAUUUGAUCCCUUGCUUCAAUUUCCAUCCUUCCAUAUUUUCCUCCAUCCCUGAUCCCUAGCCUGUCUCUUACCAUGUCUUCACAUUAAUCUCGUCCCUCUGCAUUGCACAAUUAACUCUUCUUCCACAUACACAACCUCACUAUUACACUCCAUCACUUUCGAAAAUAUCAACAGAGCCACUAAAUUUCAUUAAAUCAGCAAUCAGCUUUCCUCUCCAUCCACUCGUCUACUUUACCCUGUGCUCACCAUACCAGAUGAUUUAUUCCUCUUGGAUGCUUGUGAUAGAAUGCUCCAUGCUAGACAGAGGCAGAAACUUCAUCCUCACGCAAUAAUACACUGAAUAAGUUUGGUCUCCGUGUUAACAUUGAGUCGUCCCUUUGUCAAACACAACUGAAAACAUUUCUUUAGAAGAUGGAUCCUUUCAAACCAAUAACUUAAUUGUAUUCAAAUGACUUAGCUCUGCAUGGACACCUGGUUUCACAGAGUUCAACUCUGUUGCAUUCUUUCUAAAGACUUGCCAAUGUAAUCUGGAUUGGUUCAACUUUAAAAAGCAUCUCGAUGGCUUUUCAUAUGACCUUUCAUAAACUCUGUACACUUUGACACUUUGAUAAAGACCAACCAACAAAUGGGCUUCUACUGUUCUUUGGUCAACUGACCUCUACCACCAAGUAGAAACUCUUUGGUAGCUUAACAAUACAAAUUUCUAUCACAAGUUACCCAAAGACUUUGCCCUUCACAUUCGAAAACUUUUAUCCCAAACCAUUAAAGGAUAACCAACCCCUUCUCCUUCUCCGUCCCUUACAUCACUACUAAACUCCUCCCCAAGUUGCUCAACCAUCCCAUUCGCCUCAACUCCUUCAGUGUAGCUGUCUCACUCAGCUCCCCUACCUUAUUAAACUCAUCUCACUGCUCUGCCUUCUAAUAUCAGUGAUAUGAACCCUACUUGAAUUUUUUCAAUUCCUCCCCUUCUGGACCCUCAAAUCUCCCUGUUUUCUCUGGACAUAAAAUCCUUAUAUACUGUCAUCCUCUAUGAUGACUGACUCUUAUCUCUUCUUUAAUCUCCACCCUUCCCUUAUACCUGUCACUACCACCACCACCACCACCUUCUCCUCUUUGCCAAAUUUAUCCUUAUUCUGAACUGCUUCUCCUUUUCCAGUAAGUUCUCUCCGCAAACCACCAUUGCAACUUUGGAUAGCAAGAUGAACUCUUCUAACUCCAAAUACUUUGUAGGUAUUAAUUGAGGCUUAGAUUUGUGUUCAGUUUCAUGUCUGGAAAAUUCACUGCUUACAUUUUUGCCUUGGGAAAUGUUGCCUUAAAGGAGGCAUUCAACCCGACUGUAAACCAGAAAACUCAUUUUAAAGAAAUUACCUUUCUCUAAUUGACAGGUUAAUUAGUGAAGUUGCCAUUUUAAGAAAACAGCUAUUCUCUUUUUUUUUUUACAGUGAAUUUUCCUACAGCAAAAAUGUUUAUGGUGAAAUUUCCUAUAACUGUUCAGGUUCCCUAGAAUUGUACAAUUAUCAAACCAAUGACUUUGUCAGCACCUUUAGAAUUGGAGGAGAUCAACUCACUGCCUUCAUCUCUCACAUCAAUACUUUACAUCUAUUUAUUUUUUUCCUUUUCGCAAUAUGAAUGGCAGUGCCCCAGCAUGGCCACAGCUUGUGAGCUGAAACUAGAUAAAAUAAAAAUAAAAUACCUUUGCCAUUUCCAGCAUCUCCACAUCUAUUGAUAACUCUCCAUGAGAAAAAUGGUUGAUUCCACCUGAAAUCUUAGACUUCUCUUCCACAUGCUUAAAUAAUUUCUCCCAUUUUGUGAACUUCUUUGCUGCUGCAGACCAACGUCGGUUUCUCUACUUUUCUAAUAUUUGACUUUGAUUAAAGUAAUGAGCUGGGGGAAAUGCUUGGCUCUAUCUUGUCCGUCUCUAGGUUCUGAGUUCAAAUUCUGCCAAGGUUGACUUUGCCUUUUAUUAUUUUGGGUCGAUAAAUUAAGUACCAGUUGCAUACUGGAGUUGAUCUAAUUGACUGGCCUCUUCCCCCAAAAUUUCUGGGCUUUGUUCCUAGAGUAGAAAAGUAUAUUUGACUUUGAUUGCAUCUUUGUGUAGUGACACACACACACACACUCUCUCACACACACAAACACUCUCUCACACACACAAACACACACCUGUUCACCUAUUUAUGUUAACUGGAAACUCACUUCACAAACAUGUCAGAGAGGAUACAUUGACUUGUAUUGAUCUCACAUCUUUCAAUGAUUCGCUAAUUGUAUAUUUUCGUUGUGUAUUUGAGUGUUGUUGUUUCAACCUAGGUCAGCCUCCUGUGGUUCUUAUGGUCAGAGAUGGGCCAACAACAACCAGCUUCUCUCUCUCUCUCUCUCUCUCUCUCUUUUUCAGACAUAUUUAGGAUUAUAGUUUCUAAUGCAUCCUUCCCUUUUUAAAAAAUUCUUUUUGAAAAACUGUUGAGUGUGAUUUAAGAUCUGACUGUUAUUUCUAGCAGUUUGAAUGACCAGGUACAGGCAACCUCAUUGUCUUUUAAACCCUGUAAUUGUGAUGGUGAUUAUGAAUAACACUAUUGUCAUGUUAUUUAAGACAGUAGAAUGUGAUUUGUGGAAGUUUUGGCUGUUAUUUCAAACAGAAGUGCAACCACUUAAUGGCUUUCUGUUUUAUGUAUGUCACAGCUUCUUUGGUUCAGAGUAAAUUUUUGGCAAAUUAGGUGCCAAUUCUUGUCUUUUUUUAUCUAUAUUAUCAGUGGCCCCUAGGAAAGCCUUGAACACCACAAACUCCCUUUGGCUCUGUUAUGUUUAUGUGGAAAGUCACCAUUAUUAUUAUUAUUAUUAUUAUUAUUGGCAGAAUUGUUGCUCUGCCGGACAAAAUGCUUAGCACCAUUUCUUCCAUCUUUAGGUUCCGAGUUCAAAUUCCAGUGAAGUUGACUUUGCCGUUCAUCCUUUCGGGGGUCAAUAAAAUGAAAUAUCAGUUGAGGAAUUGACCAAGCCCCUUCUCCUCAAGUUUCGGACCUUGUGCCAGGAUUAUUAUUGUCACACACCAAUGUGAGAAGCUGGCAGAAUUGUCUGACCCAACGCUUCGUGGAAUUCCUUCUGGCUCUUUAUGUUCUGAGUUCAAAUUCUGACAAGGUCAACUUUGAGCUUUCAUUUUUGUGGGGUUGUAAUCUCGUCCUUCCCCCAAAUUUCAGAUUUUGUGCCUUAAUUAGAAACUGUUAUUAUUAAUGGACAGUGAGGGGGGGGGGCAGUGAGAGAAGUAGUUGGGCAUCAAACUAAAUACCUGGUGGUGUUAUGUGGUUACUCCCUUUACAUCCAGGGCCUGCCAACUUAACCCCUUAUCCGUUAGGCAAGGAGGUAGGGGUUCUGUCAGGUGCUAUAAUCAACUUUCUUCCUCCUCCUACUCCACUUUGUCUGCCUUCCACCAAAUAUCUGGCCCCUUGUGUCAUUAUUUAAGGGUCCUAGGGUUGUAGAAAGAGUAAAAAGUCAGGCAGAAAUGCUUUGUGAUAUUUCGUUACGUCCCUUUAUUGCAUAAAUCCAAGCCUUGUUGAGACUGACUUCACUUCUUGUUCCUCUGGGAUGGGAGAAGUGGUUGAUGAAAUAGAUACCAAUAAUAUUUCUGGGACCUGAUUGAAUCGACUACCCCUCCCUUAAUGCUGUUUAUUCAAACUGUAAUUGCAUUAUGGUUUCUUUUACGUUUUUUGUUAUGUUGUUGCUUCAUCAUCAUCAUCAUCAUCAUCAUGUAAAUAUGUAUUUAAAUAAAGAAUAUUUAUAACAUCUGA